AGUUUCGUAUCCCGCCCACAGACCGUACGAUCGGCGCAGGAAAGCUGUGUGUUCAUAGCAGUGUCCGGCGUAUUUGGAAACCGUUUGUCUUUGCUCCUCAAUAACUGAUUUGCGCGUAAACCGUAAGCCGACAAGAGAAAACAUGGGAGGUUCAGGAAGCAAGGAGGUAGAGGUAGAGUAUGUCAACAAGUACAAGGACGUCACAAAGGACAAGAUCAGAGAGGCUGCGGAACAGAAGAGAAGAGAGUACGAGAAGCAGGAAAGGGAGAAAGAUGAGCGCCUCAGACAGCUGCAAGAGGAAGCAGAUACCAAGAGGGUCAAGCUACUCGAUUAUGGCUUCGGGGAUGUCCACGGGCCACGCCACUUCGCCAAAGUCGACAUCAGUGACAUGAAGGAAGGGGGCCUGAGGAUCGGACUGUUCGGGCCCACUGGUUCGGGAAAAAGCAGUUUCAUCAACACGUGCGAGAGGGCCCUGGACCCGACACUUCGCAAAGGUACUGCUGAUAUCCAAACUGGCGGUGGGGAGGGCACCAUCGCCCUGCAAGAGUUCCUGGACCACCUCAAUAAUGACUUCCGUCUUGUCGACACUCGAGGUUUCUUCCAACACGGCGCUAACGAGUUUACAGCGCUGACUAACAUCGUCUUUGGAAAGAUCAAACCUGGCCAGGAGAUCAAAUUUGAAACGAAUGCGGACAACGCAGACUCGGAGGAGUACUUCCCCAACUGGCUCCACGCUAUCAUCAUAGUCCUGUCGGCGGACGACCCUCGCCUACAAGACGGCAACACUCACCGGAACAACUUAAACACCGUGCGUGAGUUCAUGCGACCGAGAGGAAUAGCUCCGAUUACGGUCAUCACUCACCACGACAUGAUUAGCGAAAGUGAAGAAGAGGAUGUCUUGGCCAAAGCGUCCGCGGCAACCGGCAGUGCCCGUGACCACACCUUCUUUAUUACCAACUACCACGUCGACAAGAAGGAAAGAGAUUACAGCAUCGACAUCGAAGCCAUGAAAGUCAUGAGGUCUGCACUAAGCGUCGCUGAGCGCUACGUCAAGAUCUACAAGCAACAAGAACACUACAAGAGGGAGGGUAGAGCGAAACGGAAUCAGCUGGCGACAGGGCCCCAGGAGACCGUGGAAGACUUCUUUCACCGACUUUCGUCCAAGAAGCACAUCCCGCUUGAGCGAGUGCAGCCCAUCAUUGACAAGCUGAAGAAAGAGGACAUCACCACGUCCCAGUCCCUCCGUGACAACUGGGGAGAAAUCCAGGGGAAACUGUCACUGAGCGAGCGGAUGAAGGGCCACAUCGAGAAGGAACUAGCUGACACGUUCAGCGAAGUGAAUAUUUAGGUCACAAAUGCAGCAACGGAAAUCGUCACUUCCGAUAAAAAACUCGUUGCCUAAUACUAAAGUUUAAAAAAAAGCCAAACAAUACAUGUCACUCCAAAUACUUUGCUUCAUGUCCCUGUGGAUAAAACUACCCCAAUGUGACAUAUAAAUGGCACGUGGUUUAUUCAGAAGGAAUACUCAAUCACUUCAAAUUCAAUUCAAUAUGUGUCUAUAUCUACAACUACAUAGCCAAAGCCCCAUGUGGAGUAUCACGCAUAGUUUCCGUUGCAACAAGCCGAUAGUUUCUAUGUUCAUAUAUGAGCACAUGCGUCAUGUAGUAACAGCAUUAGAUACAAACUUUGACAAGUUAAAGUCAUUUGUAAUGAUGAAAGAAAAAUGUAAGUAUACUGGGACUUUUCGAUUGUGGUACAUGAGAAGUUAUACUAGUAAUAUCCAAGCAGACCGGUGUCAUGACAGUAUAGUAUCAAAUGGGCUAUACUAGUAUCCAAUUGGCCACUGAUUUGGCCCUAUUGAUACUGACAAGUCAACGGUAAAUCUGCUUAGAGAUUGGAGAAGUUGCGGACGAGAGGCCCCUAAUUAGGUUAAACGUUAGAGUACUAUAUAUCUGUACAAGUUUAUGUACAAGCAUUUCCUUGUCGUGUUGCAUUCUCCCGGUAUACGUAAGUGAGAAAAAUGUUUAGCAAAGUUAUAUACAUGUAGAAUUGGAAAAAAAUCGAGUGUAUAAGUGAAUGUAAGCAUCUCCUUGUUGUGUUGCAUUCGCCAGGUAUACGUAACUGAGAAAAAUGUUUAGCAAAGCUAUACACAUGUAGAAUUGGAAAAAAAAUCGAGUGUAUAAGUGAAUGUAAGCAUCUCCUUGUCGUGUUGCAUUCGCCCGGUAUACGUGACUGAGAAAAAUGUUUUGCUAUGUUAUACACAUGUAGUAGGAAGAAUUCUCAAAUUUCAGCCUGGGAUGUAUUACAUUGCAUACAUAGAUGUCA